ACGAGCUAACGAGCUGCUCCAGACAAACUGUGUAACGUUUUAACAAUUGUUUUUGAGUUUGUGUCGCGUCUUUUUUCUUUCAAAUUGGCCACUAAAUAAAUAAACGACUCCAUUAAAGAGACUCUGGGAUGUCUGCUGCCAUGUAGAGCUGCAGGCUGACUGUCCUGUUCUUGGCGUUUACAUCCCCUUCUUGGUUUCAAUGGGGAAGAGGAAAGACAUGAUUCACCCCAGGUUUCUUUGUGAAGGCGGAUCGAGCCUGCACAGCGUUCACAAACGGAAACACAAAAAACACAAGAAGCACAAGAGGAAGCACCACAGCUUCCCCGAGGUCCCGGAGCCCGUCGCGGUUCCACGUCCUCCUCCACAGCUCCGCCUCAAGAUCAAACUGGGAGGACAGACGCUGGGGACCAAGAGUGUUCCCACCUUCACCGUGCAUCCCGGUGUGGCUUGUCCUCCUUCUCCCUUGAUGAUUAUUAAUAAUGUUGAUGAUGAUGAUGACGACGACGACGACGACGAUGAUGAUGAUGAUGACGACGAUGAUGAGCCCUCUGUGCCUUUGGAGCAGUAUCGGGCCUGGCUGGAUGAAGACAGUAACCUGGCCACGUCCCCCAUGCCAGACAUAGACUCAGACACCAUGCUGGGAGUCCCUGUGGACGAGGAGGAGAGGUGGCUGGACGCGCUGGAGAAGGGAGAGCUCGACGACAACGGCGAGCUGAAGAAGGAGGUUGACGAGUCUUUGCUCACAGCCAGACAGAAAGCCUUGCUACACAAGCAGCAGAGCCAGCCUCUCCUGGAGCUCCCCAUGGGCUACAAGGAGAAAGAGAUGACCGCAGAGAUGAUGCAGAAGCGGGAGGAACGAGCCCGGAAGAGACGCCUGCAGGCGGCCAAGAAGGCGGAGGAGAGCAAGAACCAGACGAUAGAGAGACUGACCAAAACCAGCAAGGCCAAGAUCAAAAGCAUGAGGGAGAGGAAGUCCAAGCAGAACCAAUGUCCCAUGAUCCGGUACAGUGACUGCGCCCUGGGCAUUGCGGUCUCCUUCCCCACGGGGGUCGCCGCGCCGGCGCCAACGACUCCCCGUCCUGCGCCAGCAGCCCCGGUGAACUGCGGGGUCAACGGCUGUACUAACCUCAAGAAGUACUCGUGCUCAAAGAGCGGGGUUCCUCUCUGCAGCCUCCAGUGCUACAAGACGAACCUGCUGCUCGUUCAGAGCGCUGCGUGAACUUUAAAGGGACGAAUGUAGUCCAAAGGGACUCAAAUGUAGUUCUGUUACUACAUUGUGUUGUGAUGAAGGUGGGUACAGUCCAAACGGGUACACUAUACAGAUGUGGAAGGAAUCAUUUGGACUUUACGCUUAAAACCCACUUGUUGAACUAAAUAUGUGGAUUUAACUUUUUUGUCGUCAUGCUUUUCACAUUUAGCUGUGUCAUAUUAAUAAUAAUGUUUUUCCCAGCAGAGAUGCUGGUUUCACAAUUCAAUUAUGUACAUUAUAAAAUAUUAAGAUCUAAAAAUCUUAGUACCAAAGACAUUAUUAUGAUUUCCAUUGGCGCAGUGUCCGUUUUUUGAGGACUACAUAAUAUUUUUGUUAAGUUUGGACUGUUUUUCAUUAUGUCAAUAAUGUAAAAUUAUGUUUAGAGGCGCAAAAAGGUUGUCAAAGAAUAAAAGACAA